AUGACGAACAAUAUCGAAGACCUUGUUGCUAAUCUUUCUUCAACAACGUUGGCAGAUACAGUUUCUAGUGAAAUAGCAACUAUUCUCCAAAACGUUGACACGAAAUCUUUACUCAAAUUCGUUUCCGAGAAUUUCAAUGCCUUACUCGUACUCGAACAAUCGAUAUGGCAAAUACUUAGUGAAGACUCUCGUCACUGUUUCGACCAAUCGAAAUGUUUCGAAGAAUUAUUUCACACUCUUCUUUCGUUCAAUAAAAAUCUCAUAUUCACAUCCGAUGAAACAAACUCCGAUAUGAAAGUUUCUCUACUCACUCCUCAAUCACAAGACAUUAUAACUGGUAUAUUAAAACAGCUUGAAAACUGCAAUGACGACAAUGAUCCGUAUUACGUGAUGAUCAGUCUCUGGUUGGAUAAUUUUUCAUAUUAUAUGCAUGAAGAAGCACAAUAUGUCAUGUCGUCUGUGGUGAACGAUUUAGAAUACUCAAUUGCCGAUAAAUUCAUCAUGGUAGAUCAAUACAAGGCCUAUUUAAAUCAAUUGCAGCAGACAAAUUUUAGUCACAAACAAUUAUUUUACUUGCAAACAUGUUCAUUUUCAAUCAGUUCGUACCUUUUCUGCAAGGGUCAGAAACUUCCUUUUACCAGCGAAGAAAUACUUCAUUAUCUUGCGAAAGAUUAUCUUCAAUUAAUUCAGCAAUCUAGUUUCAACGUUCAAUCGUGGAGUAAAGACUUUCUUUCGUGCAUAACACAAAUUAAUAAUCUUAUCAAUGCAUGCUGCUGGUGGAGUAGCGACAAAGAAAAAAGUAUUAAGAUACUUCUACCAUCGAAAGAUAUUUCUCAUAUGCACAUUCAGUCAUUGAUUCGGAUACUUCAAUAUAAGCCAUUUCACCAAGAAAUUCAAGUACAACGAUCAAAUACCGAAACGAUUCUAAUCGGUACAAUAAUGAAUCUCUUGAUUGUUAUAUCAGACAUCCAUAGUUUAGUUUGUUUCAUACGUACGGAGACGAAAUUAAUCGAAAUACUUUUACCCUUAGCAGAAACAUCGAAGUACAACCGAAUCAGUUUAUUCGCAUAUGUAAUAUUAGGUGAAGUUCUGUCUGAUGAACAUUUAAAAGAAUUGAAAAUUACGACUAACAUUUGUGAUUACUUUUUCUAUAUGCUCGAACAUGCUUGGAAUCAUCCAGCACAUCAUUUUCAACGUACAUCUGUACCACAAUUACUUCGAGGAUUUCUAAAUUUGGCUAAGAAUGAUAUUAUACAACAAAAAACUGCGGAUACCAAUCGAAUUCCACUUCUAAUUAACAUGUGUGAUCAAUAUUCAAUAGUAUAUGAUAUUCUCUGGGCAUUAUCCUUCAAUCACGAUAUUCAACAUCAAUUACGUUCCAAUCGUAAACUAAUGAUGAAAUUAACUCAUCUGAAACAAGAACUUAACAAUGCUGCAAUGCGUAAAAUAACUCAUGGAAUACUGUGGAAUUUAGAAUCAAUACAUGAAGAUCGAGCUCCAUCGGAAAACGAGGAUGGAACAACGUUCGAUAUCAUGAUCAGUUAUUCACACAAAGACAAGCUUUUAUGCAAACAAAUUUAUGAUGAACUCAUCAAUACUGGUUAUCGCGUUUGGAUUGAUUUCGAUCAGUUACGCGGAAACGUCAUGGAUGCCAUGACACAAGCAAUUGAACGAUCGAAUAUGAUCGUCAUUUGUAUGAGUGAAGAGUAUCGUCGCAGUAAUUAUUGUCGAGCAGAAGCUCACUAUGCAUUUCAACGACAAUUGAAAAUGGUUCCGAUUCUUCUCGAAAAACACUAUCGACCAGACGGCUGGCUUUUAUUUCUUGUCGGUCAACUAUUGUACGUUGACUUUACGAAGUAUGAGUUCGCACGAGCAAUGGAAAUGUUAUUCAAAGAACUCGAAGCACCCAUUCAGCAAGACCACAAAGUUACAUUGACAUUGACUGAAACAACGGAUCCAGCAGUUGUUAUCAACAAUGAUGAAACAACGUUGUUGGAAUCAUCAUCUCUACCGGAUGAUAUUUCCGAAUGGAGACAAACCGAUGUUCAAAAUUGGUUAAUAGGACUAAAUCUCAUGCAAACAUCUCGUCUGCUGUGUGACUACAACGGUUCGAAUUUAAUGAAUUUGAAUAGAUAUUUAUCAACUAGUGAACCACAGGUGAUUCUAAAAUUUCUUCAGGAUGAUGCGAUCGAAAAAACCAAUCAGAAUCUAUCGUUGAUCGAAUUUGCCCGUUUUCAAGAUCUUCUCGGUCAGCAGAUUUCCUAUUCGAAGAAAUUCAAUCGUCGACAAAAGCCAUCUCGUUUUCUAUGUUGUACUAUUUUGUAA